CUCAAAGUUUAAAGGUGACCAGAAGUUCUGCUGUAAUGAGUCGGAAAAGAUUCAUAUCCUCUUUUAGACCUUUAUAAAAACCAGUGAUGGAUGUACUCUCCAAGGAUCUUUACACUUCCUUGGCUCUUCCUCGGAAACGCCCACUUUGGAGAACUUCCCCUCAAAUGUUCCUGUGUUGAAGAAUGUCCUUCAGUUCCUCUGCUGGAGCUUUGAGACGUGCUUUCUUCCCUUUAUCACUAUCUCUCUUUUUUUCAUUCUCAAUUUUUCCUUUUCUUUUCCACCUUCGGAGAUGGCUCUCCGGAACGCUCUUCUUCAUAUCAGCCGCAAAUCCGUGCACACUGAGACGACUUCGCUGCAAUUUCGCACGCUGUACAACUCAACCGUACCGGAGGAAACGGCACGAGCCGACACCGACGCCGAGCUGAAGCACGCGGGCCCGGUGAAGAGCCUGCGGGAAAUGCCCGGUCCCGGCGCCAUCGGGAACCUCAUCGAGUUCUUCUACAGAGACGGUUUCAGCCGCAUCCACGAGAUCCAGAUGGAGCACAGUCAGAAGUACGGGAAGAUCUUUAAGUCCCGCUUUGGGCCUCAGCUGGUCGUGUCGAUCGCAGACAGAGAUUUGGUGGCACAGGUGCUCAGGGCUGAAGGUGUAGCGCCUCAGAGAGCCAACAUGGAGUCAUGGAAAGAGUACAGAGACAUGAGGGGACACACCACUGGCCUCAUCUCGGCCGAGGCUGACGAGUGGCUGAAGAUGCGCAGUGUGCUGCGACAGCUCAUCAUGCGCCCACGCGAUGUCGCGGUAUUUUCUGAUGACGUCAGUGAAGUGGUGGCAGACCUGGUGAUAAAAGUACGCAAACUGCGCAGCCAGCAGCCUGACGGACUUACAGUCCUUAACGUCAACGACCUGUUCUUCAAAUUCGCCAUGGAAGGUGUAGCGACCAUCUUGUACGAGACCCGCCUGGGCUGCUUGGAAGACAAGAUUCCCAAGAUGAGUCAGGAAUACAUCGAGGCCCUACAUCUCAUGUUUAGCUCCUUCAAGACCUCCAUGUACGCCGGCUCCAUCCCCAAAUGGCUGCGACCCAUCAUUCCCAAACCGUGGGAGGAGUUCUGCCACUCCUGGGAUGGCCUCUUCAAAUUCAGCCAGAUCCAUAUUGACAGGAAGUUGGGAGAGAUCAAGCAGAAGGUCGAGAGAAGAGAGGAGGUGAAAGGAGGUCUGCUUACUCACCUGCUGGUCACCAAGGAGAUGUCUCUGGAGGAGAUCUAUGCCAACAUGACUGAAAUGCUCUUAGCUGGUGUGGACACGACCUCUUUCACAUUAUCUUGGAGUACAUACCUCCUGGCUAAGCAUCCCAUGGUGCAACAACAGAUCUAUGAGGAAGUGACACGGGUACUCGAUGGACGAGUCCCGACUGCAGAUGACGUUCCUCAGCUGCCGCUCAUCAGAGGGCUUGUCAAGGAAACGCUCCGGCUUUAUCCUGUUCUUCCUGGAAAUGGUCGAAUCACUCAGGAUGACCUCGUUGUAGGAGGUUAUUUCAUCCCCAAAGGGACUCAGUUGGCUCUUUGUCAUUACUCCACCUCUAUGGAUGAGGAGACUUUUCCCAAAGUGAAAGAGUUCCGUCCUGAUCGGUGGCUCCGUAAGGACACAUCGGAUCGAGUGGACAAUUUCGGCUCCAUUCCGUUCGGCUACGGCAUCAGGAGCUGCAUCGGCAGGAGGAUAGCAGAACUCGAGAUGUACCUGGCUCUCACUCAGCUCCUUCAGAAGUUCCACAUCGAGGUGUCUCCUCUCACGGGUGACAUCCGUGCCAAAACUCACGGCCUGCUGUGUCCCGCUGCUCCCAUCAAUGUCAAGUUUAUCGACCGUGUAUAAACCCUCAUCCCCUUCCUAAGUGUAUAUAUGUCUCUGAAAUUUUGUGUUUUUAAUCUCUUUUUAAGCCCUUGAGAAACAUAGGAUGUUUUAUUAAAUCUGAUUCGAAAAACUUAAUUUGAGCCAUUGCACCACUUUUAUUAUUAGUAUUAUUUUUAUAUUUAAACAUCAUUUAAAGCACUUCUUUUCAAAAUUAGAGUAGAGAGUACUUUAUUAAUCCCUAAUGGGCACUUUGGUAGCUUCUUCUUCUUCUUCUAUUAGCUAUACCCUUUUUUGUGACUGGAAAAGAAGACUAUAUAGAAGAAUAUAAUGAGUAGUUCCAUCCAGACGAGCUGCACUAUAAUAAUGCUGAUAAUAAUGAGAUAAGUACAAUCUGUCGCUAGAGUUAUAAAAAACAAAGACAAGCUGCGAAUGAUGUUAUUGUAGUUGCAUAAGAUCUCUCAUCAUGUUACGCAUGAAACGAACAACAAAGUUCAUCUAAUCGAGCGACCGCAUGAUAAUAGACUGUUAACUAUUUUAUUAAAACUACGUGAAUCUGCUCGGUGAUCGCAGUGUAACUAGCCAAACAGCAGGAUGUAGCGAUGUUGCCUGGGUUUAAAGCAAAACAGCACUAAAAAAUACGUAAAAAUAAAUAGCUAUGAAUCUCUGACCUCACUCCUACAUGCUUUUUCUAGUUCAUAAGGAUGUGUAUAAUGUAUAAUCAUUAUAGUGUAUAAUCUGAUGCCUGCUACAAGAAAAAUAUGACGUUAGGUAGCUUUCAGUUGUAAAUAAAUUGUAGUGAAGGAUAAAUUGUAGGCAAGCAUCCAAAAUGAUAACUGUUCUGUUUUAACUUUAUGCCUUUCUCGUCCUCAGCUUGUCCUAGGGAACACAGCCCAAGUGGUGUUAUUACUGUGUCAUAACAGCGUCAUUACAGCAAACCAGCUCUUCUAAAUCAUUUAUAAUCAUUUAACAAACGAUGUGACACAUAACAGGACUGUAUUGAUUGAAUGAUUUUACCUAUCAUGUGUUAAAAUAUGUUUUGCUUUGUCACAUUGGAGCAGUGGUUCAGUAACAUGCAGGAAUGUUUCGAGAAAAGUCUCGGUUUUUGUGUGUAAGAUGGUUUGUUGCUUUACAGUUAUGAAUAGUAAAUAUCAAUACCGUGUGUGUAAAUACUAAAUAAAUCACCUGA